AUAUACAUUUUUAGAUGUAUGAUAUGAUGAUUGCUUUUAUUUUUCCUGUAGCUGGGAAGACAGAUUUAACGGGAGGAGUUUGGAGACCGCCUGGAUGAGACGUUCGCUCCCUGUAGUAUUCUCUGUCACUUUUGUGAGACAUGGAGAGACAGCAGCCAACCGAGAACAGAGGAUACAGGGACAUCUCGACAUUCCCCUGAGUUCGUUAGGAGAGAAGCAGGCAACCCUGGCUGGGAAAAGCUUGUGUAAAUCUGUCUUCACAAGAGCCUAUUCUAGUGAUCUCUGCAGGGCUUACACGACAUGCGAGCUAAUCCUGAAGGAGAAUGGAGCCCUGAUUCCUCCUAUAAAGAUUGACACUAAGUUGCGGGAAAGGAACUUCGGGAGUGUCGAGGGCCUUCACAUAGAGGAAGUAAAAGCCCGGGCAGCAGCAGAAGGCUUCUCAUGGCCACACCACCUCCCUCCUGGGGCAGAGAGCUUGGGAGACCUGCAGGCGCGGAUGGUGGCUUUCUUUAAGGAAUUAUGUCAGUCAGUCUAUGACAAGAAUAAAUCUCAGGGAGAGAGUACCUCAGAUAUGCCUGCAGAAGAUGAUGAAGAAGCAGAAGUUGCAGGUGAAAUGAAGCCACUUAAAGACUGCGUUCCAGUGGAGAAGAUACUUAUAGUGGGCCAUGGAGCAGCUCUGAAGCAACUCUACACUCACAUUCACUCAACUCUGGGGUGUAAGUUGCCAGGCGAUCCAGACGUCCUGAAUUCCAUCUCACCAAAUACAGGGAUAUCAGAGUACUUGGUUCAAUAUUCUCCAAAGAAGUAUGUUAUGCACUGCCAACGAAUUCAUGAUGGAGAACACUUGAAGGAUCUCUAAUGAUGUUGGACUUAAGGAAUGUCUUAUUGCACGUGCAACAGUGGCCUUCAUCAGCUGCAAAUCUGGAAAAUGCCUUGCAACCUUUGCACGUCUUAAUAUUAUCAGUAGUUGUUUGAUGGAAAGACUUUAGCCGAUGGAUGUGUAGGGGAUUGCAAUGUUUGUGUUUUGAGAGAGAUAAUUGUGUUAAAUUUCUUUGUGGAAUUUAUUAAUAAUGGUGAUAAUUAUAAUCAUGAAAAGAUAAAAAAAAAAAAAAAAAAAAUGGUGAACUUUUAUGAUAAUGACAAAGAUAUUGGCUAUGAUUAUUUUUAUUAUGAUCAUAAAAAAAAAAAAAAAUUGAGUUAAUACUUUUGAAAAAUUGAUAAUUCAUUUUUUUUCUCGUCUUGUAUUUCAUUACUUAGCUUUUUGUUUUAUUUUGAAACAGUUUAUAUUUAAAUGUUUUCUCCUGUCUUUUCAGUAUUCAGUAUUUAUCUUUUUUUUUUUUUUUGUACAUAACUUAAGUCAACUUGUUUUUAUCAUAAAAGUAUGUAAAAAUAAAUUGCUUAUGUUUUUAAUUAUAAUAAUGUAAAGUAAUUGCCCAGUGACACAUAAACAAGAAAGGAACGGUCAAUGGUAUUUACAAGUGGUAUUCACUGCAGUUCUGACCAGAGGGUAGCAUACACACUGUACAUAGUCAACGCUGCGUCUUCCUCUAGGCUGUGUAAUGCAUUUUAAAAGCAUAACUAUUUAUUUUUAAUGUGACAGCUGAAAAAGGCUAAUAACAUACAUUUUUCUUUAUGUAUAAAUUAUUUAUUUAUUGUAUGUAUCAGUAGUCCCAUUUGUAGAUCUAUUUAUGAUUAAAAUUUUGACCCAAG